AGCCAAUGGUGAGGCGGCGCGGCGGCGGUGGUGGCAGCGUCUGCUGGACGAGGCGGAAGAUGGCGGCCGUGGCUAUGCUGGGUCUGGCGAGAACGGCGCUUCACCGCAAUGGCGCGAGGUUGGCGCGAUCGGCAGUGAUGACAACGGCCCAACGGUCGGUGGCGCAUUUCACCUUCGUGCCGGAGCCCGAGCCCGCUCAGUACGGUCCAACUCAGAAGAUGAACCUUUUUCAAUCGAUUACAAGUGCCUUGGACAAUGUUUUGGCAAAAGAUCCAACUGCAGUGAUUUUUGGAGAAGACGUUGCCUUUGGUGGAGUUUUUCGGUGUACAGUUGGACUCAGGGAUAAAUAUGGAAAGGAACGCGUGUUCAACACUCCUCUCUGUGAGCAAGGCAUUGUGGGAUUUGGAAUUGGUGUAGCUGUUACAGGAGCCACAGCCAUUGCAGAAAUACAAUUUGCAGACUAUAUCUUUCCAGCUUUUGACCAGAUUGUUAAUGAAGCUGCAAAGUAUCGCUAUCGCUCUGGCAACUUAUUUGACUGUGGAAGUUUAACAAUUCGAGCACCUUGGGGCUGUGUUGGUCAUGGAUCACUUUAUCAUUCACAGAGCCCUGAGGCCUUCUUUUCCCAUAUUCCUGGUGUUAAGGUGGUUAUUCCGAGAAGUCCUAUCCAAGCCAAGGGAUUAUUAAUAUCAUGCAUCGAAGACAAAAACCCAUGUAUCUUCUUUGAACCUAAAAUUCUGUAUAGAGCUGCUGUGGAGCAAGUUCCUGUAGAAGCUUAUCAAGUCCCUCUUUCACAAGCAGAGGUUCUUGAGGAGGGAAGUGAUGUUACACUUGUUGCCUGGGGCACUCAGGUUCAUGUGAUUAGAGAGGUGGCCAGCAUGGCUCAGGAGAAGUUGGGAGUCUCAUGUGAAGUGAUUGACUUGAGAACUAUUCUACCUUGGGAUGUUGAGACUAUAUGCAAGUCUGUGGCCAAAACUGGAAGGUUGCUGAUUAGCCAUGAAGCUCCAAUAACAGGGGGAUUUGCUGCAGAGAUCAGUUCCACUGUUCAGGAUGAGGGUGUCGCUGGUGAAGCAGCAUUUAUUGCCCAGAGGGUAGUUCAGAGUCAACCUCAUUGCUGUGGGUCUGGAGUCACAUGUGGACCAGACCAGAUCACCCAUCGGACCUCCUGGGGGACCCAGAAACCUGGGAUGAAAAUCUAACCUUCCAGAGAGCUGAUACAGUAUGGAUGUAUCUUAAAUGGCUGUCUGGAGAGAGAGAGAGAGAGAGAGAGAGACUCAUGGAAUGUCACAUCUAAAGAUACAAAGAGAACUUCAAACAACAGCCCUUCAAAAAAGGAAGAAGCAAGCCAACCAACGACCGUGAUGUCUUGUCAUGACAAAAAUAACAAAGACCACCCCCUGCAGAUUAUGUCCUAAACUGCAGACUUUUUUUUAAACUGCAUUUUUUCCCUUUGAAAAAACUGUUCCCUGGGCAGCCCAAUACUGCAGGCCAAAGAACAGCCUUCUCCUGAUUGCUAGAAGCCAGCUAGCAAGCAAACCAGUCAAAGGAAACAGGAUAACAAAAGAUUCACUCCUGCCCUGAUUGCGGGAAUUUUCUCAUGGUCAGAACAAGAGAACCUCAACCAACCUAAACUAAAAAUUAUGAUAUUGGCUGUCCACCUACCAAUGACAUUGCUACUGGUAAUCUCCAUUACAACAGCUGCAACAUUCAACUACCCACUCUUAAUAAUUCAAAAACUGAUCUGGCUAUCUGUUUUUUAAAAUUAUAUCUGUUGUGACUUGCCUUUUAUUUCUAAUUGGUGUGUAUGUGGGUCGCAUUAUUCAUUCUUCUCAUGUUUAGUAACUAAUAAAGUCACUGUUUGUUAACGCAAGAAAGUCUAGAUAAAAGGCUCCUUAUAAAGUGUAAGUUCAUUCGGGUCUGAGCUAAAGGUAUCCUCAAGCAGAGGGCCCCAUUUUAAAAUUAAACUUGUUGCGACCA